AUGGUGCUUGAGUUGCUACCUGGGGGAUGGGCACACCCCCUGCGCCCAUAUGACGCUUGGGCUGCGCUAGGCGGUAACCAUGCCCGCUCCCCACUUGGGGACACCUGGCACUUGGGUCAUUGCGUUGGAAUCAAGGGGAAUGAGUCCGUCGUCAAGACUCAAGAGCAAUGGGUCAUGCGUAAGGACCCGAUUUUCCUGGAUCUUCCAUCAAGACCUAAGUUCAACUUCCUUGUUUCAGAAGCUAAUGUGUAUGGACUGAGUUCUCUGACACAAGACAGGGUGCCUCUCAUUUUCUUUAAAGUUUUAGAAGCUAAUGUGCUUGGACAGAAGUCCUCUGACACGGAGACAGGGUAUGAUUUGAACAUUUUGGUAUCUUUGUUUUUGUGUUUUUUCCUUGUUUUCAAAUUCGAUAUUGUAUAUCUGCUUCUGGGUAUUGGUCCAAUUGUGGAAUGGCUGCAGCGUGACCGAGCUGCGUGGUUGAUGUGGCCAAGUGAUCCUUUUGUGGAUGCUGUUGCUGACAAUUUGUUGGAUCGCUUGGAGGAUUGCAAGAAAACAUUUCCUACCGCGUUGUGUUUAGGAGGUUCUUCGGAAGCUGUCAGACGUUUGUUACGUGGUCGUGGCUCCAUUGAAAAGCUUAUCAUGAUGGACACUUCAAAUGACAUGGUUCAAUUAUGCAAGGAUGCUGAAGCUGCUCAACAAGAUUCAAAUCAGAAUAUUGAAACGUCCUUUGUGGUGGGAGAUGAGGAGUUUCUACCUAUAAAAGAAAGUUCGGUAGAUUUGGUUAUCAGUUGCUUGGGACUCCAUUGGACAAAUGAUCUUCCAGGAGCCAUAAUACAGUGUAAACUAGCAUUGAAGCCGGAUGGCCUAUUUUUAGCAGCUAUUUUGGGUGGAGAAACCUUGAAGGAGCUGAGAAUAGCAUGCACUGUGGUUCAAAUGGAGCGUGAAGGAGGCAUUAGUCCUCGCAUAUCACCUCUGGCACAAGUAUGUAUGUCGUCACUUGGUAAUUACCAUUCGUGAACUUCUUGAGACAAGGG